AUGAGCUCCCAGUCGCCUAUCAGGAGGAAACUGGUCAUCGUCGGUGACGGCGCAUGCGGCAAGACGAGUUUGCUGUGCUCGUUCGCGCUCGGCGAGUUUCCGAAAGAAUACCAACCGACCAUCUUCGAGAACUACGUCGCGGAGAUCAGGUUAGACGGCAAGCCCGUGCAGCUCGCUCUAUGGGAUACCGCCGGCCAGGAAGAGUAUGAGCGCUUGCGGCCGCUGUCGUACUCGAAAUCGCACGUCAUCCUCAUCGCCUUUGCCAUCGACACGCCCGACUCGCUCGAGAACGUCUCCGUAAAGUGGAUCGAAGAAGUGCGCUCGAUCUGCGGACCGCAGGUUCCGGUGCUGCUCGUUGGCUGCAAAGCCGAUCUGCGGGGCGUAGCGCCCGAAUCCGUAUCCCGCGCCCAGGCCGAACGUGUCGCACAAGAGAUUGGCGCGCGUGCGUACAAGGAGUGCAGCGCAUUGAAGAUCGAGGGUGUGGACGACGUGUUCGAGGCCGCUACGCGAGCCAGCAUGCUCAUGCGUGAAGGCGUGCCUGCGCAUCAACGCCGUCGGAGCAGUGUCAGCCGGACGGGCGAGGAGACGCACGAGGGGAAGUGCUGCAUCAUCUGUUAG